AUGGACCCCAGGGGGCCAGCCCCCAAGCCUUUCCAGUGGCCUGAGAAACCUGGUCGUGUCCGCCGUCGGAAGACCAGGCGGGAGCUUAACAAGACCCUGGUGGGCAGUCGCCGGCCAUUGGCCCAUCAGGAUCUUGCCGUGGCCAGUCGGGAUCCACAUGUGGUCCUCCGGAAUUCUGCGGCGCCUGCUGCCCCCAAGCUCGUGGUCAUAACCCAGGGGCGCCUGAGCCGGGAGCACCGGGGUCUCUUCAACCACGAGGUGAAAUCUCUGGACGUGGCACGGCUGCUUAGCAGUGGGUCCCUGGAGUCAGGCACCCCUGCACUCCCCACCAAGUCCUCCCCAAGCCCAGGCAGGGCCCAAGAACCAGCCCCACCAUCAAGGGGCAAGGAAAACCAAGUGCCUGGAGCCUCGGGCCCAGGCCCACCCAGUCCCCCCCAGCUCCCUGGCUUGGGGCAGCUGCUGGGGGAGCUGCAAUGCCAGCUGAUUCUGCCACAGGCCUUCCCCAGGAGGAACCUAGUACAAGAGGCCAGGGAUGCCAUCGUGGGCACCUUACAGGCCUGCCAUGGCUGCGUGCCUGACCUUACUCUGGUGCUCCGGGGCUGCCAGCCACACUUGCCAGGGACCAAGCCUAGGGGCCCUGAGAGACAAAGGAUGACACCCUCCUGGAUCAACAGCCCUGAGGAGGCCCCAGGGGAGGGGAGGCAGAGGAGGCGAGAGGGGACAAAGGAGCUCACCUUCGCGGUGCCUCACACCUGCAGCACUCCUACUGUGUACCAGGUGAACCUGGCACCACCUAAAGGUCCCUGGCCACCCCCAUUGUCCUCGUUGCCUUCGCCAUCUGGGGCAGCCUGCGGCCCCCCAACAGCCUUUGAUCUGCUGAAAAGCAUCUGGCUGGUAGACACACCUCCCCCUCCCCGGCCCUGGGGGAUUGGCCCACCACAGCCCCUGCCUCAGCCACCAUCACCCUUGUUGUCCCGAACCUCUGCCCUGGACUGGAGCCCCAGCCCCCCUGCCCCACUGCCCAGCCUCUCCUGGGUGGUGGCCCGGAGCAGCCCAGAGGCCUGGUGCUUUCCACCCAUGAGACUGUACUGA